AUGCAUGUUCACGUCCUGGGUAUUGGUGCGAUGGGCACACUCAUAGCGUCGCAUCUUCGCACAGCUAUGCGGCAGCGUCUCAUGCCACUUAUGCGCACACGAACGCCGCGUUGGCAUGUACCAGCUUCUGUGGCAGCAUACUUACCUGAUGCAGAGUCACUGACAUUAACAUUGCAUAUGCGAGAAAAGGCAGGUGCCCGAAAACAGGAUGACGACACACCAGGCUUUACGGAACUGACUGUAGAUCGCGAAGGUGCGCGCAUGACGGAAAAGGGAUUUGAAGUUGAACUGGCGUCGCCGGUCGAUCCAAUUCAGACACGCGUCUUUCUUCCAGAUGCUAAUGGGAUACCCCGAGAGAGACCUGGGCGUCCACCACGGCCGCUAGACAGUUUGAUUGUGACGGCGAAAGCAGAUGCUACGUUCGCCGCUGUGCGCUCCCUUGUGCCGCGCAUUACCCCAUCGACGACGGUCGUCUUGCUCCAGAAUGGCAUGGGUGUGCUUGAUCAACUGAUUGAACGCUUCUGGCCUCGCCCAGACAUGCGACCGCACUUUGUGCUGGGAAGUACCACACAUGGAUGCUACUUGCGCAAGCCACUACAUACGAUUCACGCAGGCUUUGGCAGCGUGUAUUUAGGACUGGUGCCGAGUGCUCAGCUUGCAACAGCUAGAGCGACAACACCGGCAAAGCCGCAGGGUGUCGAGCCAUGUGCAUCCAAGAUGGAUCUCGCUGGUCUGCCGGAAGGCUCACUCCGUUCGACACUCGCUCUAUUGCUGUCGUUGCCGUUGGACGUGCAUUGGGAGCCGAUUCGCGCAUUCCAAAUGCGCGCGCUACGCAAGCUUGCCAUCAAUGCAUGCAUCAAUCCGACAACGGCGCUUGUCGACUGCAAGAAUGGCGACUUGUUUGGCGUCCCUGCAGCCCUGGACUUGUUCCGCGCCCUAUGCACAGAGGCAAGCCAGGUGCUAGAGGCGCAUGCGCGUGAUGCGAAGGCAGCGGCUACAACCAGCGAAACAGAGGCGGUGCAUCUCAGCAGCUUGCCUUUGGCCGACUUGCUCACACAGACAGAUGGAGACGGUAUACCGCUUUUAGAUGCGUCACUGAAGCCGGCAUCGCUACUGCAUGAAGUUGAAAAUGUUGUUCGGGCGACAGCGACGAAUUGGAGCAGCAUGCAUCAAGAUAUACGCACACGCCGUGGUAAGACGGAGAUUAAAUAUAUCAACGGGUACCUUGCUGAACUGGGUCGGGCAUAUGGGAUCCCAACGCCGGCGAAUGACAUGCUGAUCAACCUUGUCAAGCUUAAAUCACAGCGCGUAACCGGUUCCUGGAAUUCGCGCGCCAUGUAA